CUCUUCAACGCUGAGACACGAGCUUUCCAUUAGGAAAGCGUGUUUGUAGGGUGACCUACAUGUUGCCUAGUUUUCGUAAGGCCGUGCUAAAAGAACGACGAGCCUCAUCCACACGUGAGUCUUUCUGUAAAUAUGCAGUGUGAUCUGGGAAUAGGGGCGAGGGGGGGGACGGCCGUUUUGAGACAUGUAAACUAGAGCUCUUUGCCAGAUCGCUCACUGGAUCCAGACCCGUAUCUUCUCGACUUGAAAUAUUCCUGCCACUGAAUGUGGAAGGAGAGAAUGUGGUUGACGCUGCGUCAGCCUCCAUCCCGCGUGGAUUCUGGGAAACGCAAUCCCUGACAACAAAUAACACUAGAGUCAGGGUUGAUGUAAGGACCAAUGAUCAGAUGUCGAACAAUCUGGUCAUCCAGCACACGUAGGGCGUUGGAAAACCCCUGUGGGGUCGUGUCCGUUCACCAAAACAAUCUGUACAAUUAGAGCAGUGACCAGAUAGUUACCGUCAGUGACCGAUCUCAUGAAAUGCUGACCGAAAUUCCGGAAUGCCUUUUCGACUCGAAAAGAUUACUUAGGGGGGUUGUAAUAUUAAGCACCGUGCAGCAUUAUCCCAUAAUAAUUUACUUGCUUCGGGAUGCGGGCUUUCGAACGAACUUCUUUCAAGUCGCCUGAAAAAGCUACACUGUAAAAAGUGACUACUUAAAUGGGAUGAAUUUUUCUCAUUGUUUUUAGAUGCCCUUGUAAAUUCAAAUAUAUUUUAUAGAAAACAUGCCCAAGAAUUUCAUUCUUUUACUUAUUUCGUAGAAAAUUACGUCUUCUUCAAAUUUUAUACUUAAAGAAAGGGUAUAAUUCCGUUUGGAAAAAAACGUUUUUAAUUCUCGAAAAAUUUUGAACACGACCUGCCGUUAUAUUCGUAUUCAGGGUUUCCAAGCUCCAAGCUGUAUAUUUUCCCUGUUAGGAAAAUCAUACACUUCUCUACGGUAUUAAGAGUAUACGAUAUGGGGUUCCUAAAGUUUAACAGUGGAUUUGAGCCAUAUUGUAAACUUUAAGAGCAACGCUGGUAAAUGCAAAGACGCGAUGCUUUAUGAACGGGCAUUUAGCGGUCUUUAAACAUCGUAUAAUUAUAAACUUUUUUUAAAACCGAAUCAUAUCCUUUCUUCAAGUUUUUAAAUUUAAAGAAGACACAAUUUCCUGCCAAAUGGGUAAAAGAAUGAAUAUUUUUGUGCAUGUUUUCCACGAAAUAUAUUUGAAUUUGUAAGCAUCGAAAAUCAGUGACAAAAUGUCAUGCUACUUAAGUACAGGGUGUAGUUCUUCAGGCGGCUUGAAGGGCGUUCAUUCGAAAGCUGGCAUCCUGCACGGUUACUAAUAUUACAAUCCUACUUAAGUCAUCUUUUGGAGUCUAAUGCACAUUUCAGGAUUUCGGUAAACAUUUCAUGAGUUCGCACACCUACUGUAAGUGAGUGCCUUCUUCGCCCUCUUGGACGAACCGAGUUCCACCAUAUCUACGCACUAGUUACUGAGAUGGUGUCGGCCUUGUGCCAGUGACGAUUUCUGGCAUUGUAAAACUCUCCUGUGGCCAUACCUUCCCGGCAGUGUUGCUGCUCCUUUUUUAUGCAUUAGUAGUAUGCCACACUGGGUUCAAGUGCUGCGAGUCUGUAUCUGACUGCGACUUGCCUCUCGUGCUAGUCUAUGAAAUGGACUGUCCCAUGGUUUGUAAAAGUCUGCUGAUCAGAAAACCAUGGACCUCGCGGCCCAGUGUACGCUGGCAGUUCUUCGGUGUCUGGUCCUCUGGCGGUACAUGUGCUUGGGCUUACCCUGGGUAUACAGGCCGUGUGCACGACUGUCCAGUCAUCAACGUCUUUUCUGUUGGUCAAAGUCCUGAUCGAGUGUCUGUUGUGGACCAGGCGGCGUGGAGUAGAGCGCCAAGGUGCGGAUUCUGCCGCGCCAUCCACCUGCGCCCUCCCCCGCGUCCGGUAUUCUUGACACUGUCUUGACACCAGGCCCAGGUGGGGGAGGAGGAGAGGGUGCGGGAGAUGCUUCGCAAGUCCGCCCGUGCAAACCACCGUGCCUGCUUUCACGUUGCUGUGGAGCACACGAUGGAUAUCGUCGGAUGCGAUGGUCGAACUAUCAUCUAUUGGUUGUCUGAUUUUAUCGUUAACAAAAAUCAGUCACAGGUUUUUCCUAUAUACCAGAAUCAAAUGCGGAGCCUUGUUUAGAGGAGAAAUCGUAACUUAAAACACUGAUACAUUCGGUUUCACAGAGAUCAGAUGCACUUUUCAGUGCUACGACAGAUAUGCUAUCUCAUGCAAUGUUGACCGAAAUUCUGGUGUGCGGGUUUUCGAUUCGAAAAGAUGACUUAAAUAGGGUUUUAAUACUGAUUUCCAUAUAGGUAUUUCAGGUAUACAGGUAUUUCACUCGUGCUAGGAUGCCGGCUUUGAAACGAGCUGCUUCCAGACCGUUCACAAAAACCUCUUUCCGUAAAAGAUGACUUCUUACGCCAGUGCAAAUUUUUUCAUUGACUUUUGAUGUUCUUAUAAAUCCAAAUAUAUUUUAUAGAAAACUUGCACGAAAAAUUCUCCUUGUUUACUUAUUUGGGUGCAAAUUACGCCUUCAAAAGGUUCACUUUAAGGUUGAGUAUCAUUCCAUCUUAAAAAAAUACUUUUUUAGUUCCCGAAAGUGCUUUGGACCCAGCCUUCCGUCACAGUUGCACUCAGGGUUUCCAAACCACAAGCUGCAUAUUUUCUGUGCAAAACAAGCAUGCAUUUCUAUACGCUACUGAGAAGACAUCACACGGGGCUCAUAGCAUUUUGCAGUGGGUCUGGACCUUAUUGUAUACUUUAGGAGCAACAUUUAUAGAUGUAAAGAUACGGUGUUUUAUAAAUGAAAAUCUCACGGUCUUAAAAAAUCUUCCAAUUAAAACCUAAUUAAAAUCAGAAGAUGCUCCUCCUUUGUGCACAAAAUUUAAUUAAGACCUUAUUCGCUGCCAAAUGAGUAAAGAAGGAGAAUUUUUGUGCAUGUUUUCUAUAAAAUAUAUUUGAUUUGUAUGAGGACAUGGUAAAUCAAAAUUACUAAACUACUCACUUUUCACAAGGUGUACUUGUUGCAGGCGCCUGAAAAGGAGCUGGUUCAAAGGCCAGCAUCAUUCCGUGACUGAAAUAUAUGGAGAUUAUACCGCACGGUAAUCAGCAUCACAACCCUAUCUAAGUAGUCAUUUUGAGUCGAAAACUAAUUUCAGAAUUUUGGUUGACAUUCCAUGAGAUCGUAAAUUCAUUGUAUGCAAUGUUUAAAACGCUAUUUAAAAAAAUCGCAUUGUGAGUCCUGAUGACCUUUGCUCAAAAAAAAUUGGGCCAUAAAUUAUUCCACUCAGCAAUAUUUUCACUCGGUGAACUUGACCGCAAUGCACCUAUCACAGAUAUACGGUAGUACAAACUCCAAGCACGCCCCCCGGCUCCUCGGAUGCCUGAGUCACAAAUUGCCAGUAGCAGUGUCUUACAAGCUCAUUGGUAAGACCACUUGAAUCCAGCCGAGGCUGUUUCUUGAAGUCUUACGUUGAGCUGGUCGACCGGCAGCCCUUAGCCGCAUUAUUUUCGCUUGUUGAUCCCACUCACUGAUGCGCCGAAUGGGUGAGUGAAGAUGUCCCCUGUUUACGACUGAAACUACCGGAAGCCAUCCGCCGUCCAUCCAUCAAGUCGUUUCACCCAACCGCUGCUGUUGUGCGGCUAGAGGACAGGAACGCGUCCGCGCGCCGUGGUUAGGUAUGCCCAAUUACACGGGCAUUUUAUGUGCCUCGACUCUCGUAGAGCAAAUAGGCUCCUCGAUUCUCACUAUAACAGGCCCAGGUAGAUGUUGGCGUUGUUUUUAAGUCUGCAGAUGGGGGGGGGAUUGCGAUUUGAGAGGGUAUGGUCGUUGUUUGAUCUUGGAGACAUCUUGCUGCUCCACUAGCUAGUAGUAAUUUUUGCUCUGGUAGUUGCAAGUGGUGAAACCGCCGUCUUGUUUUUAGUCGAAGAGGCAGACGUCUUGGGUUGUAGACGAGGUCCUGGAAACUUAAUGAGCUCCUAUCAGAUUUCAGCGAUGGUCGUGACUACUGUGCCCUGGGCCUGGCUGGGAAGCAAAGUGCUAAGCGGCUCCCCUUUAAACUACAUCUAGACCCCGAUUGCGCUCCACAUAUCCGGCCGCUCAAGGACCUUCUUUUGGCAGAACCUCAGCAGGAAAAGUAUCACGGGUGGCCCUUAUCUACGAUUGUCUCUGAUGAUGUGUUCGAGUGAGAAUCCGAAAUGUCAGGCCAGUAAACUUCUUGUUCCAGUGAUCGCAUCUUCUUCCGGUCUGUACCAUCUGUUCUCUGCGUAUUGGGACUAAUGUGUUAGCAAAGAAGCAAAAGCUAAUAGCCAGCCAUAGCUUGUCAUUUUGGCGAUGAGUAGUUGCGCUUUCGUGUUCCGACUUCGGAGAUCGCAGUAACCCCGGGUCGGACUUUUCUAGGAAACUGUAGCUUAGAGUACUCCAGCUGUCUAUUUUUGAAAUUCGUUGCAUUUUGACCGCUCUAUCUCUCACUGCCAUCCCUCUGCUCUCCUCCGCAGCCGUUGGGUCGCCUUCAGCCACCGCCUCCCUUCUGCGGGGUGUAGCUGAGCUGGGCAUAUCAAAACUCAGUCGUUCUCUGUCGCGCAGUCAGAACUUGGUCGCGGAGGCAAAACCACAAGCGCCUGCUUCUACUCCACCCGCACCUACGGCGGCCAUCAGCGCCGCUUCACAGAAAGUGGGCAAUUUUCUCAAAGGUACGUUUUUGCUCUGUCGCUUGUGUCCUACAUUUACGAGGCCAUCUUCUCAUUUGGACACCCAUCCCACGUCCGCGUGUCCUUCGGCGAGGCAGGGUUGGGCGCGGUAGGCGGGGGCACGCCUAUCCCAACACUGGGCGCGCGUAGACGGACUUUUCAUCUAUCGCGCAAUACGAUCCUUCGGAGGACCAAAGCCAGUUUUCGGCCCUAUGGCUGGAUUACCCCACAAUGAAAUCCCGACCCAACAGUUGGAGUGCUAACGGACUAAGUGGAACGUCCAGACACCUAGGUCUUUGUGCGUGUCCACUUCUUUUAGUGGAACCCCAUUUAUGAUGUACUGGUGUUUUGGGAGGCGCCUCCGACCAGAUUCUAGGCGCAAAACUACACAUUUGAAUCUCCUGCGCGAUCGAUGAAAAGUCCGUCUACGCGCUCCUCCUGCUCCUGCUUCACAGAAAAAUGGGCAAUUUUCUCAAAGGCGCGUUUUGGCUCUUUCGCUUGUGUCCUACAUUUACGAGGCCAUCUUCUCAUUCGGGCGCCCAACUCUCCAGCUCUCUUGAUCCAGUAUUAGGUCAUGACUGGUUGGGAACGGCAAAUACUCUAGACAUGCUAUUCCAUGAAAUACUAACCGAAAUUCUUAGCUGCGCUUCAAUUUGGAAAGGUUGUCAUUGUUGAUGAUCUUAUCGCGUUAUGCCGAGAUAUUCCAGCUUUGACAGAAUACCGGCUUCCGAAGGACCUCUUCUUAACAGCUUCUAGAAAAGUGCGAUUUUACUUGCACGAAAUGCAUAUAGCUUGCAGUUUAGAAACCUCGAAAGCAAGUGUAAUAGCAGGUCGGGUUCAAAAGUAUACGGGAUUUGAGAAAGUUUUUAAAAACCGAAUGGUAUUUUUCCUUCAAGUAUAAAGUUUUAAGAGGACGCAUUUCUUUGCAAAACGUGCAUGAGAAAGAAUGUUUUGUGCGCGCUCCCUAUAAAAUAUACCCGAAUCUAUAAGGGCAACGGAAAUCAACGGUAAAAAUCACACUAUUUAAUUAGUCAUUUUUGCAAAAUAUAGUUUUUCGUAGGCGGUAUAUAAAAAUCCCGUUUGGAAGUGGGCAUCCCGACGUGAUUGCGAUAUUGAUGGUUAGUAUGCCAGCCUUACUUAAGUAAUUUUUCCCAAUUGAAAACGCAUUUUUAGAAUUCGCCUAACAUCACAUGAGAUCCAAAUGUGUAGUCUUGCGCCUAGAAUCUGGUCGGAGGCGCUUCUCAAAACACCAGUACACCAUAAAUAGGGUUCCAUUAAAAGAAGUGGACACGCACAAAGACCUAGGUGUCUGGACAAGUUCGAACUUGCUGCCCUCCGAGCACUGCAAAAGAGUCAUCCAGAAGGCAACCAGCAUCAUGCACUGGAUUAGGAGUGCCUUCACAAUGUUUCCUCCAGAAGUCUUCUCACAGAUAAUCGGCACGUUCGUCAGGCCGCAUUUGGAAUACGGAAUGCCAGUAAGGAUGCCCUGGAUGAAGAAAGACAGUGAUGCCAUAGUGCAGGUGCAACGAUGGGCCACAAAACUGGUGGACGGUCUCAGGACUCUGUCAUACCCAGAAAGACUGAUCCAGCUAAACUUGUUCACCCCUAUCCAAUAGAUGAAUGAGGUGUGACCUGUUAUGGACAUUCCGCAUUAUCCACGGGCACGAAUGUUCGCUAAAAUCUGAAGACUUCUUUGAAUUCACGACCAUGAGUCACCUGCGCGGUCAUCCGUACAAAGUCAAGCGGGAGCGUACACGCCUAGACCAUCGGAAGUUUUCCUUCAGCCAGCCUGUUGUUAAACAGUGGAACUCAUUCCCAAGUGAAAAAAGGGACAUCUGAUACAAUGGCAGUUGGAUCGUUCGAUCGUUGAUAAACGAGGACUCUCACUGCAGGACUAUCUGCGGCCAGCCAUAAAUUUUAUUUCCUGAUUGCAUCCCUAUAUAAGGCAUCCCUGACGUUUCAUGAGAUUCCCCCUCGCAACCUACGCAAAUGACUGCACUUUAUGCUGAUUGUAUAUAAUUGCUCUUAAAAUUUCAUAUGCACAUGGGAAAGACCGCCGGCUGCACCCUUCGCAAUCCAGUACUGUAAAAACGUUUUCCGUAAACUAAUGUGCUACUGGCAAAAUGUUACUACAACGUGCUUUUAACAUUUAUAUUGUACGCACCGUUCUCUAUAGGGUCAUCAAGGGCAUUGCCUACUACCCUAAAAUAUACUAUACUACUGUAGUAAGCUCACAGUGGUAGUUUAUAUUUCCCUGGGGAGUUAUCAACAAAGCUUACCUCCCACCACUGUCUUCCCUCCUCGUUAGGCUCACCUCCGACAUCCUGCGCAAACAUCUAUGCUCAGCUCUGGAGCGCCCUGCUUCUACUCGUUAAAGAUCCCUGCCCGUCCGUCUCAGACCUGGCUGCACUUGUUCUCAUGUACAUCCUUCAGAAGGUUCGACCCCUUUUUUCGCCAGUUGAUUUCCUGCACUAACUGCCUGUUGUUUUGUGCUGCCUAACUGGGUGUAGGUCUUCUGUCUAGGGUGCACCUGCAGGCUUGUUUCUGUCAAAGAAUGGAUUUUUGAAAAGGAUGCUCCUCUCAUAACUCACUUACUCUGAAAACCUUUGUAGGUGGCUCAUCUGACGACAUCUUAACCGGAAUUUUUGAAUGUGCCUUCGAUUAGAAGGGACACCCUAAGGACACCACUGAAUAGUCCCACGAUAUUUUGGCCAUGGCAGAAUGCUGGUUUUUAAAUGAGCUUAUUCCCACCAACGGGUCUUUAGAAGUUAACGUGUAUUUUAUAGAAAACAUGCACGAAAAUUUGUAGCAAAUUACGUCUCUUUCAAAUGAUACCAAUUGGCCUUAAGAAUUCUUUUUAAUUUCUGUGCAUUUUUUGAAGCUGACCUGCCGUUUUCAAACUACUCGCUGUGCACUUUCCUAUGUGUCUCUAUGCUAUUAAGAAGAUAAAAUUUUUUGGUUGAUAUGGGCCGUAUUGUAUGCUUUAUUAGCUCGAAGAAGAACGAGUCCUUUGGGAAAAUGAACAAACUUCAUUUCGUAAAUUUUCGAGUCUGGUUCCCCGGCUCGUCUUCAGACGUGUAGUAAGUGUGAAGAAACAGCCAAAAUUUAAAAACGAUAACUGUUCUCGCGUUAAACUUUCUCGAAUAGCACACUUUUCCCACCGUCUAGCGCGUAGCAAGACUUCGCGCUCGUAAUUCAUGCGUAUGUACUGGAAGAUGGGCAUCCCAAGAAACAUAAUUCGAAGAAGAAUGAGUCCUUUGGGAAAAUGAACAAAGUUUAUUACGUAAAUUUUCGAGUCUGGUUCCCCAGCUCGUCUUCGAAUUAUGUUUCUUGGGAUGCCCAUCUUCCAGAACUUUAUCAGCUGUAUGAAUUGACACUUCACGAUCUUAAAAUACCCCCUAGUUGGAAGCUGUCGGUGGGGGUCGAAAACGCGGUCCUGAUUGAUCAAUAAAUGAUCACUUUUGUAGUAUUUUUGAUUCCAGUAGCUGGUCAAAAUUUAUCACUUUCGUACUAUUAUUGAUUUCAACAGGCUCAUUGCUACUUCCGGAUUCCCUAAAUUUGAAGUGCUUCGCGGGCUGUGACGAUCAUGGUCCGCAAUUACGUUAGGGUCCGGGUUUUGCGGUUAGCAGUUGGGUUAUGGUUAAGGUUUAGCGUUGGGGUUAGGGGGUCAUUUGGUACCCACUUUCUACGACAUCCACUUGCGGCUUAAACCGGAUUGGUCACAUUUUUGACGGUUUAGUUUCGAUGACCUUGGCGGGGAAUUUGCUCUACUGGUUGCCUGCAGUGACUUUUUUAUUGCGCGCUGCUUUUGCUGAGAUUUUAGUGCCCACUAUAACAAACUGGCGUAUUUGCCUAUAAUACCUGCGUUUUCCCUUAAUUUUCCCGCAGCCCCACCCGCAAAGCCCCUUUUACCUCGACCCCCCUAUUGGACGCGCAUGGGCUUUCCUAUUUUUCAGUAGGACCGCGUUCCGUGCCUGAGAAGGCGUAUUUCUCUAUUAAUUAGCAUAAGAAAUAAUACGUUUGGGCAUGUUUUCUAUAGAUUAUGCUUAAAUUUAUAAGGGCAUCGAAAAUCAAUAGGAUAAAUCCAUGCCACUUUUAAGCAAUCAUUCUUUACCUAAUGCGGUUUCGGCAUACGACGGAAAAGAAACUCAUGCGAAAGGAGACCUCCUGAGGUGACUGAUAUAGUCGGAUUGUUCUGUAUGUUAAUCAACAUGACGCCAUCACCUGAGUAAUCCUGUCUAAUCGAGAGCACAUUUCGUGGGUGGCAUACGCCACCUAUAUUAUUGCCUUUUUGAAGCUGUAAUUCGUCACUACUUUGACCGGUAUUUCACGUCCACUUAGCCCUGAAUUUCUCUCAAUCGUAAUCAUGCCAUUCUUCAAUCUCCACACUUACAGUGCCACUUUUCCUCAUUUUAGCUCGUAAAAAAGGUGAGUUGUCUCUUGUGGUUUUUCGUCUUAUUUCAAUGCACUCGCGUCCGUCUACAUGACUCCUAUGUCGGGACCGGAUGUCCCGAUUUUUGCACACAAUUAAUGCUAUUGAAUUUUCCCCCUCCCCCCUUUUAUAUAGCACGGUCUGGAUACGGUCAUCUCGCUGUCUGAUGGGACCGUUCGCAUUGACGCCUCCACUAGCGCCUUCGAAGAUGGCGGCGACUACGCUGCCAACAACACCCCUUCAGACAGGGGUUCGCCCAACGUGUAAACGCCCUGUCUACUUUCCUUUUGUUUUCUCUCUUUUCAUCGAUAUUUUGGCAGAUUUUUGCGCAAUUCAUAUUGACCCAACUGUGAAAAACUCGGCGCCUCGGUGGGAUUUGAACCCAAGCAGUAAGGGGAAGGCUUUUGUACAGCCAACGCUGUAACCACUUGGGCUGCGAGGCCCCGCCGGACGACGCGAGUUUAAUCACACUUGGGUCAAGUUACCCUCCCUCUUUUAUUUUCCUUCUUGGGCCGACUCACUUGCCUGCACACUGUGCCCGUUAGGUAUGGAUCACCGUCGGAAUCAAUGGUCGUUUCCGCCACCGCCUCCUCUUCAAACCUCCUCAUCCACUCUGCGCAGUUCCCCAGUCGACGGACAAGGCACCCUGAUCCAGCACCGCUUCAGGAAUGCCCUGUGGGUCCCCCUUUUAUCAUAACUGGGCGGAAGUAAAGGACUAUUUGGGGUUUUUUUAUAAUCCGGGCAGAUUUUGGUAGUCUACUCACGGUAGUUUUUUUCAUGAUCAGCGAUGUUUCGCGUCUCCGCAUUGAGCGAAACUAGCUUGCUCAAAUCUGCCCUACGCUCUUGCAUUACAAUGCGAACCCAGUAUAGCCCGACAUGGCCACACCCACCCGGAGCUCUGUCCUAUAGUUUUGAGAAGUAGACCUCAGAGGGGGAUCUCUUACUCCAGCGAACGCCGGGGGGUCAUAGGAGUAUUUUUUUAAACGGGGCUACUCUGCACAGGAGAAAAUGAAAUGGAAGGCGCUGAAGGCACGACUAGAGACCUAAAAAAGGAAAAGGAGAAAAGAGGCUGGUAAUGAUGAACGGAGUGAUUGUUCGACGAUAAAAGCCCCUCCUGUGGAGGAUGCCCGUCAUACUGACGAAAGUCGCACGGCCGGGCAUCUAAUUCGACGCAAAGAUCUGCACAGAAUUAAGUUCUAUUGCGGAAAUGUACAAAGCCCCUCGAACGAAUUCGACGAACUCAGAACCACUGUGGCCGAGCUGCGUCCUGAUGUCAUGGCAUUUGCUGAGACAUAGGUCACCCAGGAGGUCGAAGACUCCUAAAUGGAAAUAGACGUAUAUCAAGUGCUAAGACGAGACCGAAUCAAAAGAAGAGAUGUGGUGGACUUGCCCUGUAUAUCAGCAAUGUAGUCGAAUAUACAGCAAGUGGGCUAACUCAUGAAAUGCCAACCGAAAUUCCGAAAUGCGUUUUCCUUUCUAAAAGAUUAAUUAAGUAGGGUUGUAAAACUAAUCAGUCUGUAGCAUAUUGCCAUGAUAACUCAGUUACCUCAGGAUGCCGGCUUUUGAAUGAACUUCCUUCCUGCUGCAUGCAAAAAUUACACUUUGUAAAAUAUGACUACUUAUAUAGCAUGAAUUUUUCUUAUUGAUUUUCGACGCCCCAAAAAUCCAAUUAUAUUUAAUGGAAAACGUGCAUAAAAAUAUUCAUUCUGCUCAUUCGGUAGAAACUUACGUCUUCCAUUUUUUUUUACUCAAAGGAAGGGUAUUAUUCGGUUUUCAAAACUUUUCCCAUUCCCGAAUAAUUUUGAACCCGCUCUGCCGUCACACUUGCAUUCAGGGUUUCCAAACUAUAAGCAAUGUAUUUUUCACGUACAGAAAAUCAUACGGUAUUGAGAGGAGACCGAAUGGGGUUCAUAAAAUUAAGCGUUGGAUGGACUUGCCUUGUAUAGCAGCAAUGCAGCCGGUCCUAUUCUCUGCAAUAUCUCGUAAACCAAUCACUUAUAAGCACUGUUAUUUACACCGCAGCUAGUUUUGGUAGAGUUAAAUAAGCUGGAUCCAGCCAAGCCAUCUGAACCAAAUGAGAUUCCAGUUGUCCUACGUCAGAUAACCGAAAAAUUAGCAGAACCACUCUGUAUAAUCUUCCAUAAAUCGCUGGAAGCUGGUAAACUUCCGGAUACAUGGAAUUAGGCAAAUGCACCCAUCCACAAGGUAGGAUCACGGUUCUAUCCUACCAACCACCGGCCGCUAAGUCUGGCAUACAUUUACUGCAAGCUGAUGGAAAAGCUAGUUAAAAAAAACAAUUACAUCGCACGAUAUAUUCCUCUGUCACAUCAGAACACUUCAACAUGUCUUCUGUGAAAAGAAGUCGUGCCUCACUAGCCUGCUUACUUCGCUCAAACAUUAAUCAAAGGCCCUGGGAGUAAUCUUCCUUGACUUCACAAAGACGUUUUAUUACUUUCCACAUAAACGUCUCAUUCAAAAGUUUUCAGACGUGGGGAUAGAUGGAAAUCUCCUAAACUGAUUUCAAGAUUUAUUAAACAGUCGUAGACAAAAAGUUGUUGCCGGUAGCUACUGCUCAGGAUGGGUCUCUGUUAAGUGCUAGGUCCCACAAGAGUCGGUUUCGGUACCGAUCAUAUUCAUUAUCUACGUGGUUCCAUUCCUCAGAAAUGUGGAUGAUUUACCGCCCAUCUGUGAGAAUAAUGGAUAUCCGCCUUUCAGUGACCCGCAUUUGGAGCCUUAUGUAGACUGAAUUAUGGCUCUGGCAUGACUGCAACCGCAUCCUAUGUUAAUUUAUUAAUUACGACGUCUAAUUCCUGGGACGCCAAUAAAUGUCUUUCCUGGCCUCAUGCUGACGGAAUAUUCUUGUUCAUCUAUUCAGGCUUCCGAAUCUCAACGGAAGGCACGUGACGGUGGUAUAGAGAACGUGAAGACGGAGUUCUUCGCUUGGGCUUCUCGUUGGUUUACCCAGCCUCUUCUACAGAAAUACCCCUCGGCGUUGACUAUUGGCUCCGGUAGGUGCCUGAUGUUGAUUGGUUCCUUGCCAGCUCGCUCUUAUAAUACGCCGCGUAAAGUCGUUCAUCCUAACUGUUAGCUUUUUUUAUCAUAGUUAACCGUUGCCCCUUUCACCAAAUUUGGUAUGAGACGUUAAUAUUCAAAGUAGUUGUCACUGCGUGAGGGGGAUACGGUGGAAGACGUAUACAACCUCUGCCGUUGUCUGGCAUUUUUCACACCACGUCUGGGUGAGGUUCAUCGCGCCUGAUUAGGGGACGACGCACUGUCGUUUCAUCCUGACUCGCAGUUCUGACGGUCGGAUGACGACGACCAGUCUUUAAUGUGCUUCCCUUAUUUCCUCUCAUUCCCACUCUAUGAAGUUUUACGUUACAAAGCAUGCUACUCCCUAUAUUUUAGUAACAUUGCGUUUUGCCUUUUACGCUAUCUCCUGACUGAAGCAGUUGCGCUUGCUUCGGUACUACUUGGUCCAUUCAGUACUGUACUGCUUAUUGUACAAUUUUGACAUAGAGGGCAUUCACAGACAAAUUUAUACCAGUGACCAAUGCUUGUUGUAUGCAAUUACUUACCUAAUUUUCUUUGACACUUACCUUGCACACUGUUUUUUAUGACGUUAUUGUAACCAAAAGGGAGUUUAAAGGCGCUCGCCUACCUUUCUCUUAAUAAAUCUGAUCUAAUCUGAUCAUGAUUGUCCUUUUUGUUCUGUUUAGCUUCCUCUCCAGAGAAGGCCGCAGAAGUGACCACAACCAAUUCGUGUCAGUUGCAGACAGCGUUCUCGAAAUCCGUUUUAUCAGCCUCCUCCUCCUCCGCUACCUCCCUGACCUCAACCAGAACGACCAGGAACAAAGCGCAACAGCGGCACCCCUUCACACCACCGUGUCUGGCCUCCCUCAGUUCUGUCUCUGGUGACCCACAGGCCGUGGCUUUCUCUAGCCGUGUGAACCGUUUCGUUAACUGCAUGGCCAGCCGCCAGUCGGGUCGAGCCCGCUGGCACGCCAUCGCCACCAGGCGAGACAUCAAAACCGUCACUCCUUCCACUACAACCACCACCGGCACCCAACCCCCUGCACCCUGCCCUGUGGACUACAAUCGGCUCUGUCGAUCAUCCUCCCCCGAUCUCAGUGGAUCGAAUGACGGUCCGCCGCGCUGUUUUCUGCCCCGCAGCGGCUCCGGCACCAGCGUUUCCUGCAGCGACCAGAUUAUCACACGAGUGGUUGAGACUGCAUCGGAGCCCGGCGCGUUGCCACACUCCCUACAGCUUCUGCAGGUUUUCAAUUCGCCCGCCAAUCAGUGUCCCCUACUGGCCCGUUUCCACCCCUACCGACCGCACCUGGUGGUCGCAGAUGCUGCCGGCGUCUCGGUGUGGGGCAUACGCCGGGCGGAACGUGUUCAGCGUCUGGUGAGCGGCGGCGGUGGUGGCGGCAGUAGCUGGUACAGGGGAGGGGGUGCCGAUGAAGUCGGCCUCGAGGACCUGCUGGCGUACGAGCUGCGCACGGGAAGGCGUCUUGCACCCGGAGAGCCGGUGUCUAUCGUGAAGUCUCGGUAAUUGCCGUCUGUUUAUCUUGCAGUGAUCAUGCGACAGCAGCAUGUUCUGAAAACCCCUAGUCACGUUGUCAGGAAUAAGAGGACAACUUUUUGUUAACGGGCCACCUCUGGCACCUUUCAGAAAACAGGAAUCGGAAGGUCCCUUUCGAGUACUACCGCUGACGUAAGCCGGAUGGACCGUAAGGGGAGUCUGUCUACACAGGAUGAAUCAUCAGAAGCGGCCAGUAGUCGCCUGUGGACUCCGAUCGCUUCCUAAGUUUGUGAAUAGAUCAAGAUCGGUGAGAUCUUGCAGCAGUGAUGCACCUUAACAGCUGAGAGCCGCAUUAGGAGCCCACUAGCACGCUUUCUUGCCAAGCGUGACGGCGGGCGUAUAGCCAUCAGUCUCCAUCCAAUAGGGCAGUCGCAGACCUGACUUUUGGUUGCCUUAGUUUGCAUGCGUUGCAGUUCUGAAUUUCUUCAGAAAACACGGCCGCAUCACUAUGCAGGUUCCUUUAUGUACCUGCAGACAAACCCUCCAGCCGUUGCAGGAUAUCCAGACUAAAAAUAGGUCAAAGCCAGGGCAUUACGAAGUGGGGGAUCGAGGGGGCUAUGGUGUCGAGAGUAGGGCGGUAGACCUGCAGUAGUCAUAUACUUAAAGCUUGGGAAAUCCAGCAUUCAUAUUGCUCCAACUGUGAAAAACUCAGCGUCUCGUUGGGAUUCGAACCCACGACAGUAAGGGGAAGGCUUUAGUACAGCCAACGCUCUAACCACUCGAGCUACGAGGCCGCGCCGGACGACGCGAGUUUAAUCACAUUUGGCUCAAGUGAAUUACUUAGGAAAUCCUGCCUGGGCAGUCAACUUACUGUAUCAGAUUUGGCGGAUUCCAGACUUUGCAGUAGGUUUGGCGGGUAACUUGACCCAAAUGUGAAUAACCUCGCGUCGUCCAUCGGGGUCUCGUAGCUCAGGUGAUUAGAGCGUUGGCUGUACUAAAGUCUUCCCCUUACUGUCGUGGGUUCGAAUCUCACCGAGACGCCGAGUUUUUCACGGUUGCGUCAAUAUGAAUUAUUCAAAAUUUGCCAAAACAUCUAUAAAAUUCAGCAUUGCCAUAAACGGUAUUCCGGAGAUCUUUGCGUUCUUCCUGUCCAGUUUAAGGGUUGUCCUAGGUAGAUUAGUCCAUCAUGCUUGGUUGAAAGUCACACCGAGUGUCUUAGAGCAUGAAGUGACACACAGCUCCGGGUGACGGUAGCCGAUUUGUGCAUAGCCAUCCAAUGGAAGUUCUGGCUCAUGUCUUACAGACGAACUGGCGGUGCUGCGGCACGCGUAGACGGAGGUUUUAGGCCAGGCGGCCAUUCAUAGGGGAGAAGCACUUCGAGACGCCCUGUUUUAAUUCAGAUUCGUGCACAUGUACACGCCUAGCCACCACCUCCACCCAGUCUCGACUUUGUCUUGUCAGUGGAGUACCAUGAACGUUGGAAGAGAGUACGAAGCGCAGACCGCGCACACCUCUGUCACGCGCAGACAAGCCUCCGUCGUCUGGCCACCUGCGGCAUGCGAAGCAGCACGCCCUCCCUUGGAGUGUCUUUUGGGGAAUCCGACUCAAAACACUGUGCAUGUUUUUAGACACUUACUUCCGAGUUAAUGUCCUUUUCCCUAAUGUUACUUGUGAAAAGUAAAUGCCCUUCUUAAGCACCACCUACUACUACCUGGUGGUUCAUUGAACUUCACCGCAUUGUUACGCGCAAUUGUGCCGGCCUAGUUCUCCUGCUGACUUUUUGCUCCUUUUUUAUUUUUACAAAGCCAAACGGGCGGCAGACUGACUGGCCUGGAAAUCAUCAAUUCCAGUGAAGAGCGCAGUCUCGUCCUAACCGCCUCCGCAGAUGGUCGUAUACGCGUUUGGAAGAACUACGACGGGAAAAAGAAUAUGACACCCGAGCUUGUGACUGCUUGGUAUGCACUGGCGUCUUUGGCGCCUUUUGGUUGACGUCCGGUCGGAAAGAUUUGAAUUGUCAAUUUUUCGGCAUGACUUUAGUUCGUUCCUGCCUCCUUUUGGUGCCUUAUUGUUUUGUAUUGUUGUUUGUUUGUUAAUUGGCCAGUUGUGGGCUGUCAUAUUCACCCGUUAAAUAAGUGGGUCGGAUAGUCAUCUGGUGGAUUUUAGAUUGAUUGCUUAGAAAAUCUAACUUGGGCGACUAGCAUACUGUAUCAGAUUUUGUGACAGUUGAUCACAUCUGCGAUUUUCUAUCUGCCAGUCAUCAAGGAACUAUUAUUAAGGUGCACAUUAAAUGUGCAAUUCCUUUUUGAAAACCAACUCUGUAGGUCAAUAGACGGCGUUGCUAUGGGCUCGCCUCUUGGACCGCUCUUAGCCGAUGUCUUCAUGGGCAAGCUGGAGAAAUUUCAACUAAGCGAUCAGAUCAAAAAGCUUAAACAUUACGGUCGCUACGUUGAUGAUAUCUUUGCGGUUGCAACGGCAGAAACCGACGUUGCUGCCUUCCUAAAUGCUGUAAACCGAGCAUAUCCAUCAAUAAAAUUCACGUUGGAGAUGAAAUCGGCCAGUUUGCUUCCUUUCGUAGAUGUUCUUCUAAACAGGAGAUCUGACGGUAGCAUCCGAAGGAGCGUCUAUCGGAAGAAAACCUAG